AUAUACAUCGUGUGGUGUUUCUAUGUUUUUUUUUUUUUGUCCGUCGGGUUUUUUGUGAUAUUAUCAUUUAUCAUCUCGUCGAACUAUUGAACACUAUCAUCGUCUGAUCAUCAUCAUCGUAUUAUAUUUAUUAAUAAUAAAAUAGAAUAGAGUACAGCAUUAAUAAUAAUAAUAGUAAUAGUAAUAAUAAUAAUAUUAAUGUUGACGAAACGCAAUAAUGGAGAAAUCGAAAAACUUUGUUGUAUAUUCAUUUUGACAUUACCGUGAUAUCGAACGAUUGUUGUUAUUGUUUAUGAGUGUGCGUGACAUCGACAACAAUAAUUAACGUACCCUAAGCCUACUGCUUAGGCCCGUCCGCUGUGUAUCCGGUCGUGAUAAUUUCAUCGACAUUCGCCCGAGAAAAAAACCGUUCGACCGCGGUGAUUGGAUUCGAUCUGAUGUGUGGUUGGCCUUCUAGACAUUGAUGAUUUGAAGACAUCUGCUCACGGAUAACAUAAAAUUAACUUGGAAACGACGUCGAAAUAUCAGAAAAAAUGAACGGUAGCGUGGAAAUUGUUGUAACAGAAAAAUCUGGUGAAAAACGUUUGGUCACCGUCCAAGGAACAACUGUUGAAACUACAGAUGAUCGACGGGUGCAUGAAAACAUUGGAUAUGGAAUAUUUGUUCAAGGAUUAAAUGGAGAUUUAGCCCAUCUAUUGUUGGAUCAAGAAGAAGUGGGGACUAUGACUGUAGAAAGUUUAGCAAAAAUAAUCAAUGGUCAAGAAGCAAUAAAUGUAUCUGGACAAAUCCAAAUAAAUAAUCUAAAAAUUGAAAAUGUGGAUUUAUCUAAUCAAGAUGGUACAACAGAAAUUUAUAUUGCCGAAGAAAAGAAUAUUGCAAUUGACAUGGCCAAUGAAGCUGUGGCAAACUGUCAAAGUCUUAUGCGACCUAACCCUAUGGAUGAACUACAAUGUCAAAAAUGUGGCAAACGAUUUUCAGAUGUUAAUGCCUUAAAAUCUCACGAGGUGUCUCAUGAUGAUGGUCAAAAUAUUGAUUGUAAAUUUUUGUGUACUGUUUGUGGAGAAAAAUUUGAUAAGGCAAAUGCAUUGAGUGCACAUUUGGUUAAUCAUCGUAAUAUCAAGUUACAUCAUUGUGAAGUUUGUGGAUUAGUUUUUCCUGAUGAUGAAUCUUUAAAAGAACAUGCUCAAAUACACUCUCGUCAGAAACUACACACUUGUCAAAAAUGUGAUAAGAAAUUCCCUUCGAGUUACCGAUUGUUUCGCCAUAUGACAAUUCAUACAGAAAAUCCUCCUUUUGUUUGUGAUCAAUGUGGUGUGUCCGUGGCAAAUAAAAGCGAUUUAAAACUUCACAUCAUGAAACAUACUGGGAGUGCUGUGUAUACAUGCACUGAAUGUGAUAAGAGUUUUCUAAAGCCAUCUUGCCUGCAACGACAUUCAAGCGUACACACUGGUGAACGACCAUUGCACUGUAAAACUUGUAACAUGACAUUUACCUAUUCUAGUAAUUUGUGUGGGCACUUAAUAGCUAGUUCUAAAGCAAAACCACAUCCGUGUACUAUGUGUGAAAAAUCAUUUAGACGACCAUCUGAUUUAGAACGCCACAUGAUGAUUCAUACUGGUGAACGUCCAUUUGUAUGUCAAGUUUGUUCUAUGUCUUUUAUUACUAAUUACAAUUUAAAAGUGCAUUCAAUGAUUCAUAAUGGGGGGUUGCCAUAUCCGUGUACAUCUUGUGAUAAAGCGUUUAGCAAACCUUCAGAAUUACAGAGGCAUAAAUUGGUACACUCUAGAGAAAAGCCAUUUUCAUGUGUUAAAUGUGAAGCUACAUUCACAAAUCAAAGUAACCUUAAAGCUCAUAUGAUAACUCAUACAGGUCGAAAACCAUUCCCCUGUCGUAUUUGUAAUAAAGGAUUCACCCGUCCAUCAGACGUCAAACGUCAUAUGCUUACACAUACUGGUUGUCGUCCUUUUGCAUGUGAUGUAUGUGGCUUGGCCUUUGCCGACUCGUCAAAUUUGAAAAAACAUUCAUUGACCCACUCUAAAGAUGAUCAAAAACUCGCUUUGCAACAUCAAUGUCCAUCGUGUUGCAUCUCCUUUUUCUCAUACGAACAACUCAAUGAACAUAUAAUCUCUGGAAAUUGUACCAACAAUAGUGGGCAAGCUGAACCUAAGUACUCAUGCAAAGAAUGUGGUGCUACGUUUAAUCAUGCACUUCACUUACAGGAGCAUGCCAUCAUGCAUUCGAAUCACAGAUCAGUACACAGGUGUGACGUGUGCAACAAAACAUUCAUUCAAGAGUCGUUUUUGAUUGCACAUAAGGCUUCUCAUACUGAAUCACGACCUCACCGUUGUGACAUUUGUCUAAAGAGAUUCAAGAGUACAUCUCAUCUUAAGAAUCAUGUGAUGAUACAUUCAGGUGUAAAGCCUUUCGAGUGCACCGUUUGCAACAAGUCUUUUUUAAAAUUAGCUUCAUUGAGACGUCAUUAUGCAACACAUGAUCGUGUAAAUUUCUCAUCCGCUGUUUGCCACCAAUGUGGUAAAUCAUUCCUCAAUCAAGAGUAUUUGAAAAAACACAGUGUAGUACAUGCUGAUGCAUAACACGUAGAUAAAUUUGGAUAAAAAUGAACAUGUUCACUCUCUAUCAUUAUUAUGAGUAAACUGUAUAAUAGCCUCAUUAACUAUUGAUCAUUUACAGUUUCUUGUGGUGAAUAUGAUAUGAAGUGUAGAUAAUUAUUAGUUUCUAUGUAAAUAUGGAAUUGUUUUAUAAAACUGGUAAAUAAUUGUAAUUCAUUGUUGCUUUAUAGUUUUUAAUUAACUUUAAAUAUUGUUUAUAAAUUUAAAAACUUAUUCAAAUUUGAACAAUAGUUUAAUUCGGAUAACAUAUAAUAUUAUUAAAUGAGAUUAUAUAAUUAGAAAAUUAGAAUUUCAUUAAUUUUCAUAAAUCAAUAUUAAACCAAUUAUUUUUUUUAUAUAAAAUAUAUAUUGUUGAAAAAAUUAAUUGUUAAAAAUGUUAAGUGUCACAAGUUCCCAACAUAAUGUAUUUUUUUAUGACAUUAAAAUAUUUACACCAAAUGUAAUUAGAUUUUGAUUUAAUGUAAAUAUUGUUUUAUUUUAAAUAUUAAUGUUUAUUAUUUGUAUUAGUAGUAUCAAAGUAUUAUAUUUAAUAGCUUAUUACAGUAUAGAAAUAACAGACUUAAACUAUGACACUGCACAUAUCUCUUGUUCUUCCCAUCUUAUAGCUUAAUUUAAAGUGCAAAAUGAUUAUAAUUUGUACUUGAUGGAAUAGUUUUUGGGUAUUUGUUUAUUGUCUCCUUGCCAUUAAGCCGUAUAAAAUGUAUAACCCCGUCAGCAUUGUUUUGAAUAUAAAAUUUCAAUAUUCAUAAUCGCUGUUACUGUUAACCUUGAUAUUUUAUGUGUGGGUUAUUUUAGUAUAAUAUACUAAUUAUUAUCAUCUAUUUAUGGUAAAAUAAGGGUAAAUACUUCUAAGAUAAAAUUGUAUUUUAUUAUAUCUUAAUCAUGUUAGUAUGUUCUUGGUUUUUCGCUAUAUUUUAUGUGGAAUUUCCAGUGCGCACUUAUCAUAUAAUGAUUAACUUAUUUUUAAUAUAUUAUGAAAAAUAGUUAUAAUGAGUAAAUUUUGGCUAUAUUGAAUACAUGUAUUACAUUUUUACAACAAAAACAAAUCUUUCAAACAUAAAAUUUGUGGUAUUUAAGGAUAUUUAGAAAAUUGUCUUAAUUUUUUUUGUUAAUUUAGGUGUUAUAUUAUCAAAUAUUAAUUAUUAACCAUGAUAUUAUUAAUUGUAAACAAUACCAAUAUUAAUAUUAUUUACUUUUAUAUGAAAAUCAAAUAUGAAAGAUGUAUAAAAAAUAAUAAAACAACGGACGGUCACCCUUUAACGGGGUGAUCAUUUUUAUACGGUACAGUGGCAAGGGUAUAACAGAAGUUUCAAUAAUAUUGUCCUAAAUGUUAGUCAUUAAUUCUGGAUUUUCACAUUGAACGCAUUUCAAUAGUCCGGAUCUUAAAUCAAGGUAAACUAUAUAUUGUAUGUAAUUGUGCAACUUAUUUUAGAAUGAUGUAAAUAUUAUGCUAAGCAAUAUAUACAUUUAUAAAUAUAUAUAUAUUUUUAAAGUAUAUAAUAUAUUAUACUUUUUAUGUAAAUUAAAUAAUUAUUAACAGCUGUUAAAGCUGUUUACAACUACAGACAUAGUAUAUGUGGGCAUGUAUUUUAGUUUUGACUGUAAUAUACAAGCAUAUUAUA